UCCAUAAUAUUUUGAGAAAAUCCAAAAAUUACCCUCUUAAACAUUAAACCGAAUUUUUAUUUAGCCCUAAUAUACCUUCAGACGAUUCUUAAUUGGGUGGCGGCGGCGGCGGCAAAUCGACGGUACUAUUGAGCAUACUGUCAAACAAUUUUAUGAUGAAAAUUUCGACUCUUUCACGCAAUUCUCUGCAAAAAUGUUACUUCAUUCUAAGAAGAGAAGGUUCAGAUUCGUGUUUCUCUCGCCGGAACAACUCGCCGGCAAAUGGAAAGUUAUGGCUGCAAUUUGCAUUCGAGGUGGAAUGAUGCAAAGCAUAGAGGAUUCGUUUAUUGUGAGAAUCAGUGUUUGAUAGAGCUGCUUGUUUAGUAAAGAUAUCAUGGGCCAGAAGUAUCAAUUACCUUUCAAGGAAGGGCAAACAGCUGAAGCAAGGUGUUUGGAGGAGGGAUAUCGUGGAGCGUGGUUUCGGUGUAAGAUACAGGAGAUAAGCCUCAGAGGAGGACAUUGGAGCGCCUUAUUGCAAUACUUAGACUAUCCAGAUGAAAAAUGGGCAUGGACAGAGCUAUAUCAGAUGGGGCAACUGAUGCUGCGGCCUGAGUAUCCUCCAGUCCACUUGAAAAACAAAGUGUCUGAUGUCAGCUCAAAUUCGGAUGCAACUCUUGUUUCUGAUGGUACUUGGAGGGAGGGCGAUUUGGUUGACUGGUUGUGCGAUGACUGUUAUUGGUCCGGUCAAGUGACGAAGUUACUAGACAAUGGUAAAGCUAAGAUUGAGUUGUUGCCACCUCCAUUGGGUGAAGGUAAAACUUAUGACGCCUUUGUCAAGGAUUUGCGUCCAUCCUUGGAUUGGUCUCCAGAGCGUGGUUGGGUUAUGCCUGCAUCACAGGUUGGUGAAAGUUCUCGUCAGUAUCCUAAUCUACUUAAACUUGUUAGUCAUGGGCAAGCUAUAGUUAAAGGGAAAAGGGGCAGACCGGCAAGAACUGGAUCUUCCUGAAGAACUUGCUUAGAAAUACUCGCUUGUAGUGAAACCAUCACUACAAGUUCGUAUUUCUUUUCUGCACAACAAUUCUUUGUUCGACGUUCAGCUGGAGAAUGCCUUUUGAGGAGCCACUUGCUGUACUCCGUUACUUUUUGCAUCUCCAUUACAUCAAACUUUUGCGAUUACUCAUUGAAUCAUAGAGGUGAUAUACUGUCCUUCUCGUUCGAUAUUCAUGCAGACUUCUUUCCUGAAUCUUUUCGGUCAUUAUCAAAGCUGUGUUAAUUCUGGAUGAAAUUUCCAACUUAAUGUCUGUUGUUGACUGAUAAAAUUGAUGUUAUGUACUAGAUGUAUUUUUUAGUACUUGCUAUGUUGGAUGUUUGCCCCAAUUGCAUUGUUCCAGUAAAGAUGAAACUUCAAAAAUUUCCUAGUUUCUGCGAUAUUAUAAAUCUUAUUAGAUUUUAGUGCGUCUUUUGCGAUGUAUGUGUCAAAAUUAGGUGUAAUUGGUGCGUCUGUAGCUGCUACUCUCCUAUGUGUCUUAUAUCUCAUAUAUGUAAUUACAUUAGAUAUAUACAAGUACAUGUAUCUAGAUUCUAGCGUGUAAAGAGUGUGAUUUGAAUGCAUAUGAAAUACAUGGAUAAAUCUCCCUUUUAUGGUU